AGAGAAGAGGAGAGGGACCCAAAUGUCACCACUGUCAACACUGUGACAAUCCUUCACAAGAUCUGGAACUUUAAAUCUCCUCAGAGAGUUCACACUGGAGAGAAUCUACACAGCUGUGAUCUAUGUGGUAAAACCUUUACAAGGAGGGAUAAACUAGUAAUCCACCAACGUGUUCACACCGGAGAGAAACCGUACCGGUGUGAUCAAUGUGGGAAAACUUUUACUUCUAGUAGUGGCGUUAAAUCUCACCAGUACAUUCACACCGGAGAGAAGCCGCACAGCUGUAAACACUGUGGGAAAACGUUUUCUGACAGCUGUAGCCUUAAAGCUCACCAGCGCAUUCACACCGGAGAGAAGCCGUACAGCUGUGAUAUAUGUGGUAGAGCAUUUUCUCAGAUUGGUAACCUUAAUACUCACCAGCGUGUUCACACUGGAGAGAAGCCGUACUCGUGUGAACACUGUGGGAAAAUGUUUUCUGAGAGCGGUAGCCUUAAAUUACACCAACGUGUUCACACCGGAGAGAAGCCGUACAGCUGUAAACACUGUGGGAAAACGUUUUCUCAGCGAAGUAACCUUAAAUCUCACCAGCGCAUUCACACUGGAGAGAAGUUGUACUGCUGUGAUCUAUGUGGUAAAAUCUUUACAAGGAGGGCUAGCCUUGUAAUCCACCAACGUGUUCACACCGGAGAGAAACCGUACCGGUGUGAUCAAUGUGGGAAAACUUUUACUUAUGGUAGUGGCUUUAAAUCUCACCAGCGCAGACACACUGGAGAGAAGCCGUACAGCUGUGAACACUGUGGGGAAACAUUUUCUGAGAGCGGUAACCUUAAAUCUCACCAGCGCAUUCACACCGGAGAGAAGCCGUACAGCUGUGAUAUAUGUGGAAAAACAUUUUCUGAGAUUGGUAGCCUUAAAUCUCACCAGCGCAUUCACACCGGAGAGAAGCCGUACAGCUGUAAACACUGUGGGAAAACGUUUUCUCACAGAAGUAACCUUAAAUCUCACCAGCGCAGACACACCGGAGAGAAGCCGACCUGGUCUGAAGUACUUUAGCUUUAAAUAAGCAAAACUACAAAGAGACGUAUGAAAGCGCAGCGUCAAGAAAAACCAAAAACAAUAACUACAGUGAGGUUCAAAGGUUUGGGCACCCCAGGUAAAAAUGUGUAUUAAUGUGCAUGAAGAAUCCAAAAAAAAGAUGGAAAAAUCUCCAAAAGGCAUCAAAUGACAGAUUAGACAUUCGUAUAAUUUGUCCCGCCCUUUGGCAAGUUCACAGCUUGGAAACGCUUCGUCUUUAAUUCUUGUUGGAGGUACACUACCGUUCAAAAGUUUGGGGUCACCCAAACAAUUUUGUGUUUUCCUGAAAAGUCCCACUUCUUCACCACCAUACGUUGUGAAAUGAAUAGAAAAUAGAGUCAAGACAUUGACAA